CAGGCCCCGGGAGGAACCACAGGGCAGGCUCGGACCCAGCUCAGCUUAACAGAGCUUCAAGCCAAAACCACUGGGGAACAUGACAGCUUCCCAGCGAUGGGCUAGGUCUGGCAACAGCUCAGCACAGACCAGGAUCAGAUUGUCCAUGUCUGUUCCUCUCCUUUCUGGGGUCACAGGGAGCCUUCCCAGAGCUGCAUCGACACUCGUAUUCCCCAUAGGUGACACCCCACCCUCCAAAGGCAUGGCCUCAAGAUACAUCAGGUUCAGUUGAUGUGGAUAAUUAUAAACUCAGGCUGUAUGUGUGCAAUGCUGCACUGCGAGCCUUGUGCUGGGGCAAGCACCAAGGUGCAGUGAUAACAGAGUCCAUGGACUGUAACAGGAGAGCUGGCUUCUACUACGACGAGCUCCUGAAAAGAUGCAUCAACUGCACCACGGUCUGCGGGCAGCACCCGAAGCAAUGUGCCCCGUCCUGCGAACCGGGUGCCUUGGUGGCCACCCCCCCUGUGCCAGCCGCCCUGGUCUCAGCCUCGCCGCCCGUGGCUGUGCUGGAGCAGAAGGUGUGUGCGGAGCAGGAGCCGUGGCUGGUGGUGUACCUGCUGCUGGGGCUCUGCCUCUGCGCCCUCAUCUGCUCCCUGCUCCUGGGCUGGACCCACCUGCGGAGGAAGGGAGAGGUGGUCUCCUGCCAAGCCAGCGCUGGGACCUGCCACGGCGGGGAGGACUCCUCCAAAGAUCGUCUGGUGGAAGCGGGCAGCGUUGGUGAUGGAUCCACUGGCAGCAGGGUCCCAGAGCCAGUGGAAACCUGUGGCUUCUGCUUCCCUGGACAUGGCUCUGCUGUACAAGAGACCAAAUCAUGCCACGGCACCUCCUAUCACAUAGGGGAAAGAGCCGCUCCCUCUCACACCGGGAUAUGCAGCACGGGAAGCGCUGGGGCCAUUCCCAGCCCUGACGAUGGCCACUUCAAAAUCAUAUGUUCUCCUUCACAAGAGAAGACGCUCAUGGCAUGACGGUAGUGAAUGUUCCUCCACAGGAUCAGAAAGGAGGGAUGCUCCCUCUGCCCCCAAAACACAGCUGCUUCACCCUCUGUUUCCAGUGACUGUAACGGCUUCUACCAGGACCGGUGGACCUGGCACGGUCUUUGCCCAAGGGCUGUAGGCUGCAGCCAGUGCUGUUUUCUUCCACUCAGGAAAUGAAAUCCUCAUUAUUCUUGGGCACUCCCAGUGAUAGAAGUCACUUCCCAUUUAGUGGUGUCUUCAUCCUCCAACUUGACCUCUGCAGAUUCCCCCGUGCGUCCCAGUCAGUGGAAGUGGGGCUUUUCAUCCUGGUUCCACCAUCAGCAUCACUUUGCCUCUGCAAAGGGUGUUGAAGCAGAGCCAGGAUCAGACUGUGGUGUCCACUGGUCCUCGUGGAGAGCACACCUUUCCCACUACUAACACAAGCGGUUUACAAGCAGAGCUGUAAGCAUCUCAAACAUGGACUCAGACCCAAGAAGUUACUCGUGGAAGUUACAAUGUCCACUGAAUGCCACUGCCAUGCACUCAGGAGUGGCAUGUUUUCUGACUUUAACAUAAAUUUCUUUACAGGACAGAAAAUUUAGUAGGACACCAUGUGGAAAGCUCCACCAGCAGCCUUUAACGCUGCUUGGGAGGGGAGGACGGGCCAUGGGCAACAGCAAGGCUUUGCCUUGUGACAGACACGAUGCUGCAUGGGAGGAGCUGGGACAGGCACCAAAAUCCCCGAUGCAAUUGGAUUUAAAUGUGAAAACUCAUCCAAGGCUGAGAACUUUCUAAAAGACUGGAUUUAUGUAUGUCUGGUUUGGGUUACUCAAAAUAGCUGGUAAAAGUGACGAACCAGCUAGAGAUACAGCUGCUCUGAGGGAAGAUUUUUAUCUGACCUGGCUUUGAAAGCUACUAUGGAAAAAUAUGGGUUUCAGCAUGUAACUUGAAGUUCUCAUUUUCACUAAAGGACAGUGUAGGAAUUUUUUACUUGUUGAGAAAUCACUCCGGGUAGGAGCUCAUCCCCUCCCAUUUCUCAAACUAGAGCUUCAAACUUGGAAGAAUAAAUAUGAGUCAAUAUAUGCACAAAUUGGUGCUGGGAAAGUAUACAGCUGGAGGAAGCAUGAGCAGGCUCUGUCCCCCUAUAUUAUGUAUUUAAAUGUCAAUGCUUUCUUGUCGCUAGCAAAGGCACCGCCUGAGGGAUGACCACGACAAAGCCAGUGCCAUGAGUGAUGUCCGGUCACAAAGCAGAAAGGCAUUGGGACCACAUGAAACCCAUUAGAACUAAAAAGUGCAAGAGAUUGUUUAAGGGGAGGACUAAGAGCCCGCACAUUGGUCCGACAGCUGGUACGUGGGACAAAGUUUUGCUGUCUUGAAUUGCUCCAGAAACCAACCUAACAAUUCUCCAUCUCGUUGUCCUUGUGUAUUGCCUUUCACCUCUUCCCCCUGUUUAACAAAGUCCUUAUCCCGCAGUAGCACAAGGGAUGAGUUUUGUAUUGUAUUGAGAGGAGAAAAUAAGCCUUUUCAAAACUGA